GAUUAGUUUUGGUCUACUGCAGGCCCGGACCAAUCGCACUGCACACCUUCACUGCAAGAUGAUGCUGGACCGCCUGUACCAACGUUUGAAAUCGGCUGGUGUCGGUUGCUGGUGCAAUUGGUCUUAGACCGUCCGAUGGCGGCAGAGUGGUAUGCUGCUGUUGAGCGGGGUGAAUAUAUGUAUACGUUGGUUCACGCAAACCACCCGUAUCCUGCCUGUACCAUCUCUCUUCGCAUACUCGCGCACAGAGCGUCACCAUGGGCUCCAUCGAACACAAGUCCCCCGAGACGCUGCUCAGCGUCGCAGCCAAAAUCACCGAGUACGCGCAGCAACUCACCAAAGAGCUGGAAGCCGGCGGCGUCGCGCCCGUCACCCUCGACGCCGACAGCCCCAUCAAGUACUCCGCGCUGCCCGGCAACGCCUUCGUGGUCCGCCAGCACCUCGAGGACGCGCUCAAGGAUAUGUACAUCCUCAGCCAGGGCCCCAGCGAGAGCACCUUCAACUACUGCCACACGGCUGUCCCGGAUAUCGCCACGCUGAAUGUACUCAACCAGUUCGACUUCUGGGGCGCCGUGCCGCUGAAGGGUACGGCGACUGAUGAGCAGGUCGCGGCCCACACGGCGCUGCCGCUUGAAGUCGCGACGCGCACGCUCGACCACGCGGUCACGAUGCGCUACUUCACGCGCCCGACGCCCUCAACCGUGGCGCAUACCUCGCGCUCCGCGGCCCUUGCACAAGACACCGGGCUGCAAGCGCUGGUGCAGAUGGUCGUCGACGAGACCUCGCCGCCGAUGCUGAUGCUGCCCGAAGCGCUGCGGCGGUUCGCGGUCGGCAAGAAGGAGCUGGGUCUCAGCCAGAAGGAUACCGCGUUCCGGCUGUGCCAUUCCGGGGGCGCGUGGGGCGAGUACGACAAUACGUGGGAGUUUCUGGAGAAUGAUGGUGAGGGGGAAAGGAAGGGGUGGCGGCAGCGGAAUUUCAUCAAGUUCAUGGCGUAUAUCAAGGAUUUGUUUAAGACGGAGGCGCUGGUGCUGGAGGCGCUGGAUUGGGCGGCGGCGGGCGAGGCGACGGUGGUGGAUAUCGGCGGCUCCGCAGGCCACGACGACAUCGCCCUCGCCACCGCCUUCCCGAACCUCACCAUAACCGUCCAAGACCUCCCCCAAGUCGCCCCCGUCUUCGCCUCCACCUGCCCUCCCGCCCUCCGCCCCCGCAUCUCCUUCAUGACGCACAACAUGUUCGACCCCCAGCCCGUUUCCGCCGACAUCUACAUGCUGAAAUGGAUCCUGCACGACUGGGCCGACGCGGAGUCCCUCGCGAUCCUGCGCGCGCUGAUCCCGGCCCUGAAGCCGGGCGCGCGCGUGCUGUUCAUUGACUACGUGGGGACCAGUGAUAAGAGCGAGGAUGUGAGUGGGGUGCCGCUGUCGAUGCGGGCGUUUGGGUCGGCGACGGAUAUGCGCAUGCUGGCGCUAUUUAAUGCGAAGGAGAGGCCGGCGGGGGCGUGGAAGGAUGUUUUUAAGCGUGCGGAUGAGAGGUUCGAGGUUGUGGGGGUUAAGGCGGAUCCGUUGACGUUUAUGUGUGUGCUGGAGGCGGUGUGGCGGGGGUAG